AUGACUUUCCUGGAGAGAAUCCGCAGUGAAAAGAAUCAACAGAAUGUUGUCAUCUUCACGGUGUACAUCUCGAUGCUCUUGAAUUUCUUUUUACUUACGGUAGUUGGUGAGUCAUUUACCUUAAUCUUCAUAACUCGAUUAUUUUUUUAUUAUCCAUGUCAUAACUUUAGUCCCAAUUUUGCCAAACCAUUUAUUGCUACUUAACAACGAAACUGAAUAUCUCCAAGCCUCAUUGCAUCGAGAUAACGAAUCUACAUUUGAUUAUGAAGACUACCAUGAAGCCUUUGCCUCCAAUAACAUCCCUUUGGCAGUUCUGAUGAGCUCAAAGGCGAUAGCUCAGAUUCCAACAAGCGUCAUCGUUUCAUGGAUUACUUAUCGGUAAGUUUCCAUAACAAUAAUUACACUAAAUAUCUUAAGAAUUGGCUAUGACAUUCCCUUGUUUGUUGGAUUUGUCAUCUUCACCAUCUCCUCGCUUCUUUUUGCUUACAGUGAGACCUACAAUAUGCUACUGAUUGCCCGGUCUCUCAGUGGAAUUGGCUGUGGAUUUGGAGCUACAGCUGGAUUAGGAAUGUUGGCCAACGCCUUCCCCGACUAUAAGAAGAGAACCCGAGCCAUGGCCAUUGUUUUUAGCGGGAUUGCAAUCGGCACUUUGCUUGGCCCAGUCCUCGGAGGGAUCCUUUAUCGUUACGGUGGGAUCGUUCUGCCAUUCACUCUGCUGGCUGGAGUCUCAUUCUUUGUUGGACUAGUUCAAUUGGUCGUUUUGCCACCUAAAGUCAGCAAAGUCAGACCAGAGCACACCAAUUAUUGGGAUCUGUUGAGCGACCCCUAUCUGAUGUUGACAGCCACCGCAAUCUUCAUGAACAACUUUUCUUUCUCUGCUCUCGAGCCAACAAUGCCAUUAUGGAUGUUGGAAGUAUGGGGAUCCUCCUCAGUGGAUCAGGGAUUGGCUUUCUUUCCCAGCUCCGUUUCCUAUAUCAUCUGGACUUACUGUAACAAACACGUCGUCAAAUUUAUGGGGCAAUGGAAAUGUGCAUUGCUUGGAUUCGUUGUACUGGGAGUUUGUCUCAUUGUGGUAAGUUUACAGGGUGUACCAAAAAAAUGGAAACUUGUUUUUAUAGCUAUAUUUUUUCGGGGAAUCAAAAUUUAGCAAAAGUAACGGUCAUGAUUGGUAACAUAGAGCAUUGUUUAUAACAUGUUCAAUCUGUUUCACAGUGGCUGCCUUUAGUGGCGAUAUAGAGCUCCAAACGUGACGUAAAAUUUUGGGGUCCGGGCCGCAGCUUUUUAAGGGGGAAAUCGGUCCCGUUCUUGGCGCAUCAUUUACUUUGCGGCUCCAAACUUUUGUGGAGCAUAGUACAGGUGCUGCCCUUCUAUUUAAAAAAAUAUGUAGUCCAUUGGAUUCAGAUCUGGCGAGCAGGCGGCCAUUUCGCAGGCGGGACAAAAUCGGGAAAAUCGGUCCCAUUUCGGGUCCUGAGUCGAUUUUGCCUUGUGAGCCGGCGCUGAGUCCUGUUGAAACCCCAAGUUUGCAUUGCCAAGGUUCUGCUGAGCUCACGGAAGCACGACAAAAUAGAAAUUAACGCGGCGCUAGUAUUUUGUCCCAUUUAUUCACGAAAACCCUGGAAUUCUUGCCGCUGGCACAAAUUCCGCCUUAAGCAAUGACGACCCGGAUUUUGGUGGUAUUUGACGAUGGCCAACAAGCUAGGAGCCUCACUGAAGCAGAUUCUAUCGUUCUGGUGGUUGUGUAUCCGCUAAAUAUUAAACCGCGAACUGAAUGCGCUCACGUCUCGGAGCUGCGGCCCACCCGUUUCACUUUCCGACAUUUUUGCGCUGUAUGCACUUUCACUCGACUUUAAAGAUCUGAAUUUUUUAGAGCUUGUAUGACAUGAGGUUGAGCUCGCCUUUGACUAUUCGGCCGAGCGAUAGGUCGCUGAUGUCAGUCUCAAGGGCUAGUUUUUCUUGAAAAUCGCGGAUUUUGCUGUGGGGGAUCUUUCGGUUGAAAGAAGCGCUGGCGGUGCGUUUUCUUUCACUUCCUGGGCGCUUACUAUCCGUAUCAAGCUCCUUGGGCCUCGUGAUUACUUUCGACACAACGUUCUUUCUAUACCGAGCAAAUUAACUUUUCGAACAGCUCCAAAAACAAGUCCAAAAUCGAGGUCCCUUUGUUUGAAGUUCAAAAAAGACCUCGAUUAAUCGAUAUGGGCGUAAAAAUCAAAACACUAGGACAGAAAAACACAGAGAAUUUUGUAGUAAUAAACUUCUUUGGCUACACCUAACCAUUUUCGCGUCAGGACAAAUGAAAAAAAAGUUUCCAUUUUUUUGGUACACCCUGUAUCAUCAUGAAUUUCUACACCACAUAUUUUAUAUUAUCCUUGGCGAAAUUUCAGCUCCCAUUCUCUCCCAAUCUUUGUUCCCUUCUGGUUGUCUCAGCAUUCCUGGGCAUGGGUUUUGGUCUUGUUGGUUUAAAUAUGUUCCCCUUGAUGGGUCAUAUAGCAGACCUCCGGCACACUCAAAUUUAUGGCUCGGUUUAUGCAAUUUCCGACGUUUCCUGCUCUCUGGCCUUUGUCUCCGGUCCAAUUGCGGGUGGUCCGGCGGUCAGAUAUCUAGGAUUCACCACGUAAGUCUACUGUGCAAACCGUUACAUUACGUAAUACUAGCCAUUAAUUACCUUAAACUUUAUUAAUAUUACGUGCGAUAUAAUUUUUGCAGAAUGCUCUUCUUUUUGGGUAUGGUGAACUUUGCCUUCGCUCCACUCAUGAUUUUCCUGCGAAAACUGGAAAAGACAAAACACAAAAACAUGUUGGCCGCCUGGAGUUCGGCCGCGAUUGUCCCAGAAAUCCCGGUGAUUUCAGAAAAGACCAAAAAUUUUGGUAAUUAG